AUGUUAUCAUCACCAUUACAAACAUCUUCAUCAACAAUGAUUGAUGAUCGAGUGUUAAGAGCUUAUUUAAUUCAUAACACAGCUUGGAAUUUAGAAGAAAGUGGACAUAUCGAUCAUUUUAAUUUAUCAUCAAGUGGUAAUGGUGAAAAGUUUCUUAAUAGUAGUGUUCAUUUUCCAACUGAAAUGAGGUCAGCAAAUCUUAAUCAAAUGGUAUCAAGUAUUGUUGAUGAAAAUACUGAAUAUCAAGAACAUGAAAUGAUGCCAACAUUUUUUCAACAUCCAACACCAUGGAUUAAUGGUGAACAAUUAGAUCAACAAAUGCAUUAUGUACAACAAAUGAAAAACAUUUCAUCACAACAAAUGAAACAUAAUUUAUCAUCAUUUUCUGAAAGUGGUCAUCCACGAAAUAUUCCUGAUUUAUGUUCUGUUCACCAUAAUCCUCCAAAGGAUAUUCAAGUUCUUGUUCGUAAAGGUGAUCAUACUGGUAUAAAUUCUCUUAUAAGAAAUGUAUCAUUACAACAAUUUCGUCAGAUGAUUGGUUUACAACGUAGUUCGGGUUUAACAACAAUGAAUGAUCGAAAAAAUCGUAAUAAUAAUAAUAAUAAUAAUCUCAACCAACAAUCUUCGUCAUCGUCAUCAUCAUCAUCAUCAAGUUCAUCAUCAUUACCACUAUCAAAUAUUCGUCUUAUUAAUUCAUUAAAACAAAAGGAAAAUAAAAAAUUAAAUCAACAAUGGACACAAGAUACAAAUUCAAAUAAAAUGAUGUUACAACAACAACAAAUUUAUCCUAGACAACAUUCAUCGAUGAUGUCGAUUUCAUCUCGUAUACGAACUGGUGUAGCAAAUACAUUACAUAUUGCUAUUGAAAAAUGCUAUGAACAACUGCAUUAUAUUCGAGAUAGUUAUGCAGAAACUGAAUCAAAACUUGGUAUUCAAGUUUUACAUAAAUCUUCACCAUCAUGUAUUAAUGAUAUUACUAAUACAAAUUUUCUCAGUCUUUCAAAUAAUCCAUCACGUGUUGAUCGUUUAAUUGUUGAAUAUCAUUAUGAGCAUAAUCGAAUAAUUCGUUUACAUGAACGAAUUAAAGAAUGUUUAAGUAUUCAAGAUAUUGAAGCAACACGAGAAACUCUUGAUGAAUGGUUUAAUGCAAUUAAUAUAGUUCAAGAUCGACGUCGACAAGAAAUUGAUAAUGCAACUGAAAAAUGUCGUUCCGGUGAACCACGUUUACCUGAUGAAAAAGAUGUUUUACAAUUAGCUGAAGCAUUACGUAUUUUACGUAUAACAACACGAAAAAUCCGAACUGUACUUUGGUAUUGGCUAUAUUGGUCAAUAAAUUCAACAACAAAUAAAAAUCCCUUGAUUGCUCGUCAUCAAAAUGAAUCAAAACAGAAUUCAUUGUAUGAUGGAAUUUAUUCAACAAUAAAUGAUGGAAAUGUAAUUUUAGUUUCUUUAUAA